AUGAUCGAUCUCCUCCUCCUCCAGCCCGACAAGGGCGGAAACCCGCAGCUCGUCAAAGACUCCCAGAAGAAGCGCAACGCAUCCGAAGAGCUCGUCGACGAGGUGCUCGCCCUCUACAAGAACUGGGUUUCGCUCCAAAAGGACCUCGACACCGCACGUCGCGAUGUCAAUGCCGUACAAGCUGAGAUCACCAAGCUCCGCAAAGCCAAGGAGAAUGCAGACGAGCAGAUGGCCACCAAAAAGCAACUCGACGCCAAAGUCAACGACCUCAAACCUUCCGUCGUCGCCGCCGAGCAGGAGAUGAAGACCAAAGCCAUGCAGAUCGGCAACAUCGUCGGCGACAAGGUCCCCAUCAGCAACACCGAGGACGACAACGCAGAGCUGCGCAAGUGGCACCCGGACGGUCCCAACGCACAGGUCGAGAAGAAACAGGGCAUCCUCAGCCACCACGAGGUCAUGUACCGUCUCGAGCUGUUCGACACGGAGCGCGGAACCAAGAUCUCGGGUCAUCGCGGUUUCUUCCUCACCGGAGACGGUGUCGAUCUCAACCAGGCGCUCAUCAACUACGGCCUCGACUUUUUGCGCAAGAAGAACUACAAGAAGAUCAUGACCCCCUUCAUGAUGCGCAAGGAGGUCAUGGCCAAGACGGCGCAGCUCGACCAGUUCGACGAGGAGCUCUACAAGGUGACCGGCGAUGAAGACGACAAGUACCUCAUCGCCACCUCCGAGCAACCCAUUUCGGCGCUCCACUCGGACGAAGUCUUCACCGAACCCGCCAAGCAGCUGCCCAUCCGCUACGCCGGCUACUCGACGUGCUUCCGCAAAGAAGCCGGUUCGCACGGCAAGGACACCUGGGGUAUCUUCCGCGUCCACCAGUUCGAAAAGAUCGAGCAGUUCUGCAUCACCGACCCUGCCUCCUCGUGGGACAUGCUCGAGCAGAUGCUCGCCAACUCGGAGGAGUUCUACCAGUCGCUCCAGCUCCCCUACCACGUCGUGGCCAUCGUCUCCGGUGCGCUCAACAACGCAGCCGCGAUGAAGUACGACCUCGAAGCGUGGUUCCCCUUCCAGGGAGAGUACAAGGAGCUGGUCUCGUGCAGCAACUGCACCGACUACCAGUCCAGGAGGUUGGACGUCAGGUGCGGCUUCAAGAAGCCAGGUGAUACCAAGCAGACGUUCGUGCACAUGUUGAACGGUACGCUCUGUGCGACCGAGAGGGCGUUGUGCUGUGUGGUGGAGAACUGGCAGACCGAGGAUGGGUUGAGGAUCCCGCCUCCGUUGGUGCCGUACAUGGGUGGCAGGGAGUUUCUGCCGUACACUAGGGAGUUGCCUAAGAACACGACGAGUCAGAAGAAGAAGUAG